AUGGUGUCAAUAUUUUCAACAAUCAAUGAGACCGUAUAUGGUCAGCAACAGCAACGACAACAAGGAAGUAGAAAAGGUAGUGUCGUGUCGAUAUCACAACCUAUAAAAAAAAAGACAUGCCUCGAUGAAAGUCAUUUCAUUAAUAAUUACUCCCCUGUAAAUGGACAAUUAAAAUUUUAUAUUGUUCAGAAAUCUUAUAAAUCUCAGAAUCCAAAACACUUAACCUUGAAACGUGGAACUUUGGUUCAAUUAGUAUCCAAAGAAAACGAUGGUUUGUGUCUUGUACGAUUAAUAAGAGAAGUCGGUGCAGGGUUAGUACCUUUUGAAAGUCUCGAAGAAUAUUCUGUCCUUAAUGGUUCUUUACCGGUGGCUCAUAGAUCAAUAUAUAAACCAAAUCAAUUAAUGGAAUUAACACCACCAACUUCUCCAUCAACUUUGAAAUCAUAUGUGUUUUCGCCAGCAUCAGUCUCUAGGGGUUCUUCUCUUUCUGUAUCGUCAUCAAUAGCAUCUACGCCUAAAGAGGAAGAGGAAGAAAAUAAACGAAAAGUCAAUUCCUGUGAAAUAGUCUCGAUAUUUAUGAAGGAUAAUAGGGUUCAUUAUACUAUAAGGAUUAAGUCGGCGUCCAAUAAAGUAAAGAAAGAAGAUCGUUAUUAUCAUGAUUUCUAUACUUUACAUGCAUCUCUAAUCAUGGAAAACUCUAAAAGUCCGAAAAUAAAACUUCCAUGGCUUCCACCACCAGUUAGUUUUAAGAACAAUGAGGUUGACAAUGAUACCAUUACUGAUAGAAUUUCUUUAUUUAAUAAUUAUAUGGUUGAAUUGAAAAAAGCUGUAUCAUCUAAUAAGGAGUAUUCAAAUCUAGAAGAUAUUAUCCAGAAGUGGUUCAUGGGUGAUGAGGAGAAAACUGUUAUCAAAGUUAAAGUUUUAUUCAGAAAAGAUUAUUAUGUCAUGAAGUGUUCAUACGGAGAAAUAUCAUCUUAUGAGAAGUUACAAAAUUAUCUUAAAAGAAAGAUUGAAUCAUCCAAUGGAAAACCCUCUGUUGUAAGUGAUCUACAUAUUAAAACUAAAAUUGAUGGUUGGUAUAUAGUUAACCUAUCCAGUGAUGAAAUUUACAACGAAAUUCUUCCUGAGGUAAAGGAGACAAAGAAGUUGGUCCUGGAGGUCAUUCUUCAAUAA